GCUCGCUGGCUCGGCGGCGGCGGCGGAGCGGGAUGAGCCUGGCGGGGGGCAGGGCGCCGCGCCGCACGGCGGGGAACCGGCUGGCGGGGCUGCUGAACGCCGAGGAGGAUGAGUUCUACCAGACCACCUACGGGGGCUUCACGGAGGAGUCGGGAGAUGACGAGUACAAAGGCGACCAGUCGGACAGCGACGAUGAAGUGGACUCAGACUUUGACAUAGAUGAGGGCGACGAGCCAGCCAGUGACCAGGACGAUGACGAGCCCAAGAGGAAACGCAGGGUGGUCACCAAGGCUUACAAGGAGCCCAUCAAAAGCCUGAGACCCAAGAAGCCCGAUACAGCUGCUAGCAGCUCCCAGAAGAUGCGAGAGGAGAAAUCUGCACCCCUGGAACUCCAGGAUGAAGUGGGAGACAGCCGCAAGUACAUGCGCCAGUCGACUACGGAGCACACGCGCCAGACCUUCCUGCGUGUCCAGGAGCGUCAGGUGCAGUCGAAGCGCAAGAAGGGGGGGCCGAACUGUGACAGGCCCCUGACGCAGGAGGAGCUGCUGGAGGAGGCCAAGAUCACAGAGGAGAUUAACCUGCGGUCUCUGGAGACCUACGAGCGGCUGGAAGCUGACAAGAGGAAGCAUGUGCAGAAGAAGCGGAAGUGUGUGGGGCCGGUGAUCCGCUACUACUCAGGGACCAUGCCGCUGAUCACUGACCUCGGGUUGAAGGAGGAGAACGUGGAUGUGGAAGGGUUGGAUCAAGACAUGCAGCAAACAGCAGAGGCUCCCCAGGCUGCUGCCUCCCCGGCUGGCAAAUGUUCUCGCACCUUUAUCACCUUCAGCGAUGACGAGACCUUUGAGCGCUUCUUCCCUAAAGCCAAGCAGCCCAAGCUGCCUGUGAAGGAGAUCUGCCCCGUCACCCACAAGCCGGCCGUCUACAGGGACCCCAUCACCGACAUCCCCUACUCCAACAUCCGGGCUUUCAAAAUCAUCCGUGAGGCCUACAAGAAAUACAUCACUGCCCAUGGGCUGCCCAACGCGGCAGCUUCUGCGGCCCUGGGGGCGGGGCCGCCCGCAAUGGACCCAAAUGUCCGGGCAACCAGGCAGAAAAUCAUCAUCAAACAAACCGUCCCGGCCACAUAAAGCCCAGGAGUGUCUGUUCCCUUUCCAGGAGGGAACUUCUUAAACGGACACAGGCACCUUUGGGUAGCUCAAUAUUGACCCACUCCUCCUCCUCCUUCCCUACAUAUCUUUGUUUUUCAAACUCAAACGGGUGGUGCUUCAUUGCUCUUUAUUUAUUUCAUUUUUUAAUGAAAAAAGCGAUGCCUGCGGCGGUCCUACCAGAACAAACCAGCCUGCAGAGCCCGUCCCUCCUGGGAGACCCUGCGGAAAACAAACCAGCCUGCACAGCCCGUCCCUCCUGGGAGACCCUGCGGAAAACAAACCAGCCUGCACAGCCCGUCCCUCCUGGGAGACCCUACGGAAAACAAACCAGCCUGCACAGCCCAUCCCUCCUGGGAGACCCUGCGGAAAACAAACCAGCCUGCACAGCCCGUCCCUCCUGGGAGACCCUACGGAAAACAAAUCAGCUUGCACAGCCCGUCCCUCCUGGGAGACCCUACGAAAAACAAACCAGGGUGCACCAGCAGAGGCAUGCAGUGGGUGGGAUCACUUAUUCUGUAAGGAGCAGGAUGGAUUUUAAGCUCAGAAAUGGUGCCUGUUGUUUAUCCGUUUAGAAAGAUAAUAAAAUGAGAGGACAGA